AUGGACGAAUUUGAUGAAUUUUCACUUAUUACAAAAUUGGAUCAACAAAAAUUAACUCAUUUACUUGUUUCCAUUCCUGGCUCAAAAGAAUUAUUUGUAGAAUCAAAUCUUCUUCGCCCUUUAGACAAAAUAUGUUCAAUGAAAAUCUUGAGAAGUUUAAAUUGUCAAAAAGUUCAACAACUUUAUUUAGAUAAAACAAAUAUUUGGGAUGAACAAAUUGAACAAAGAAUAUUUUUUAUUCGGCCUUCAAUUGCAAUUUCUCGUAAAAUUUGUGAAUUAAUUCGGUCAGAACCUGAAAAGUCUUAUUCUAUAAUUCAUGUUGGCAGCCUUAAAAAUUUUUUUCUGAAAGAACUUGAAAAAAAUGGACUCGGAAAUGUUGUUAAUUUUUAUGAAUUUAAUUUAACAUUAAUUAAUUUAGAAUCAGAUUUGUUUUCUCUCGAAUUACCUCAAUAUCCUCCAGAAAUGUUUAAUCGUUAUUUUGAAGAAUUAAUUAAAACUUUUUGGCAACUCCAAACACUUUAUGGACAAAUUCAGACAAUUUUUGGUUUUGGAGAUUUUUUUCCAAUUUUUGAUAAACUUUUUAAAAGAAUUUGUAAUGAAUUAGGGGAACCAACAUUUUCUUCUGGUCAAUUUAUCAGUCAUUUGUAA